AUGGAAGGCUUGCCUUUUCUACCUGGGAACACAUUUCGGGAUCCCACUCAAAUGAAAUACCACGUGAGCCAGACUCUGGGGUACAAGAAUGGCUAUGCUAUUCCCAAGCGUCCAGAAAGAGGAAUUGGAGGGGCGCAACUGAUGCAAAACAAUUUGUCAGAAAAUGAACUUGAUGCCCUGUCAAACUUUAAACCUUCCAUGACAUAUGGACAGGCUAAACAAAAUCCACCAGUUACUUUCAUUCCUGCAUUUGUUGCAUGGGAUAAGAAGGUGCUGAGGUUCUAUGGCUACUUUAAGCAGACAGUGUACGAGUCUCCUUCAGAACAUUUCUGCAUCCGUCCGGUGGACAUUUAUUACUAUCUGGAGGAUGAUAGUAUAGUUGUGGUGGAGCCGCAUAUAGAGAACGCUGGAAUGCCUCAAGGCAAACUCAUCAGACGCCAGCGCUUGCCAAAGAAUGAACAAGGUGACAUUUGGCAUUGGAAGGACCUCAAUUUAGGAAUGAAUGUUGUGUUCUAUGGGAAGAACUUUCACAUCACAAAUUGCGACAAAUUCACAAAGGAUUUUCUGGAAAGCGAGGGCAUCAUAGUGAAUGAGCCCGAAAGUAUUCCCGUCGACCCGUAUAUAGUCAAGAGAGGCGAGGACUCAGCACUUCGCCAGUACCGGACCCCAUUCUCAUUUGAUAAGCUGAAACAGUUCCAAGAGCUAGACCAUAAAGUGCUGCGGUUCUACUGCAUGUGGGAUGAUCGAGACACUCUUUUCGGAGAACUGAGGCCCUUUAUUCUGCAUUACUAUCUGGUUGAUGACACGCUAGAGGUCCGAGAAGUGCACAAGCCAAAUGAUGGCCGAGAUCCAUUCUCAGUUUUGAUUGGUAGACACAGGAUUCCCAAAGACAGGGCCAAUAUUCCGCCAUCGUUCCCGUCUGGAGCUAUGGAACUCACUGAGCAAGAAGUCAAAGAGUACUUUACACCCAAGGACUUCCAGAUCGGCAAAACGGUUGUGAUCUAUGGCAGGCGAUUUUUCAUCUACGAUUGUGACAAUUUCACAAAGGGAUUCUACUACAAUCAUUUUGGGAUCACAAACUUUGACCCAAUUGAUGUGAAAGAGAAAGUUAAAGAGUUGCCAAAAAUGGAAAUCCCCGAGUACAACAGCUUUGGCUCAGUGGAAGACUCCUUGCAGUCAUGUAACUCGCUGAUCCCCCAUGCUCCCAAGAGAGACUUUGUCAAGUUGGUUGAGAAUGAUCAUAAAGAACUCCGGUUCGAAGCUAUGAUG